AUGAAAAUGAGAGGAGAAUUGUCAGUUUCAUUUAUGUUUAAAUUUAUAUUUUUGAAAAGUUAAAUUUGUGAAUACGGUAUUUAGACAAUAAUGAAUUUAGUUCCGAAUCAUAAAAUAUUAAACUCUUUCAUAAUUAAGAUUUAUUACAUAAAACAAUGUUAAUAUUUACCUUAAUUAAAAAUGAUAAUACUAAUCAUAAUAAUCCACAUAACUCAUCAAAUCGUGAUUUAUGAGUUUGAUGCUAAUCCUAACAUUUUCGAUGGAUGGGAGAAACUUAAUGAUAAUUCUAAUUUCAAUAAUUGUGGAGGCAUCCAAUAUUUUGGUUCUCCUAAUAAUUUAUAAUAUCUAAUUAGCAGGAUCUUUUUAGAUCUAGAACCUCAUUCUCAUAUUAGAUUGGAUGCACAAUUUCUAAGUAUUGAUAACAAUGCUCAACCAACAGUUAAAAUAGACUCUUAAAUAACAAAUUAUGUGGCAACGGUAACAUCUUAAAAUUCGAUAUGUAGCGGUGCAUCACCGGAAUUUUUGCAUACUGUUUCUAUUAAUUAUUAUCAUAAUAGAAGAACAGCUUGGAUAUCUAUUUAUUCGAAUUAUGGAGGAUUAAUAUCAUUAAAAUUAAGUAUCAUAAAAUGCUAGAAUGAAUGUGCUGAAUGCAUUGAGAAUUAUCAUACAACUUGUUAAUAAUGGAAACUACAUUAAUAUUCCUUUAAUAAGAAAUUAAUCACAUACUCUGAUGGAUGGAAUUUAUAAACUUAUACUCUUUAACAUUCAAGUGAUUGCGGGGGGUGCGAAUAUAUGAGAAUAACUUAUGUUACAUAUUAAACCGAACUACCUCCUCAUCAAAAUGUGUUAAUAAGGUUUUUUAAAUUAGGGGGGUAGACUAUAAUAGUAAACUAUUAAUAUGGUAAAUCAACUACUAGUGGUUCCUAUUUAAUAGAAAUAUUAAUCAAAAAUCAUCAAGAUCCUAUAUUAAAACUGAUAAUUACAACUUCAUCUUCAUCAAAUAUGGUAAGAGAUUUUGAAAAAUUAUGUUUAAGAAUUUGA